AUGCAGCUGGGGGAGCAACUCUUAGGCGGCGCUGCCAAUCUGCCGGGCGCCCCGUUUUAUCCGCUGGAAGCCGCGGGCGGGAGAGCCGGCGGUACCGCACGCCACCUCAACACCGGGUCGCCGCCGCGCCUGGACUUGGAGAAGGGGCCGAAGAAGUUUGGCGCCUCUGGGCCAGCAGCGGGCCUGCUAGGUGAGGCCGAGGCGGCGGCGGCCGAGGUCGCGGACGGCGGGCGCAAGAGCUCGCCGUGUCCGGCUGAGGAAGACGUGCUGCCGCCGCCGCCGCCGCCGCCACCACCACCACCACCCCCGCCGGCGCGUUACUCGCUGGAUGGCCUGAGCCCCGAGCGGUACUACCUGCAGUCGCCUGGCCCGCAGGGUAGCGCCGAGCUGGGCAGCCCGUGCUCGCUCUUCCCCUACGCUGGGGCGGCCGGGAGCGCGCAGUCCGGCUCCAUGUACCAGGCACCCAGUGGAGCGCGCUACCCCUACGGUUCUGUGCUGACGCCGCCGGGGAGCUUUUCGACGGCAGCGGGCAGGACGCCCUUCUCUGCAGCCGCAGGCACCUACCAGUAUAGCCAAGGCGCACCUCCCGGCGGUCUCUAUAACCCCUACCCGGCGGCUGCGGCGGCGGGCUCCUGCGGCGGCCUGGGGGGCCUGGCAAUGCCCGGCGCGACAGGGGGGCUCCGGGCCCAGGUCUUCCUUUGCAAUCGGCCGCUCUGGCUGAAAUUCCACCGGCAUCAAACCGAGAUGAUCAUUACCAAGCAGGGCAGGCGGAUGUUCCCUUUCCUGAGUUUCAACAUCACAGGCCUCAAUCCUACUGCCCACUACAACGUUUUUGUGGAAGUGGUGCUCGCAGAUCCUAACCAUUGGCGCUUCCAGGGAGGAAAGUGGGUGACAUGUGGCAAAGCUGAUAACAAUAUGCAAGGCAACAAGGUUUAUGUUCAUCCUGAAUCUCCCAAUACUGGAGCCCACUGGAUGAGGCAAGAAAUCUCUUUUGGAAAACUCAAACUAACUAACAACAAAGGGGCUAAUAAUAAUAAUACCCAGAUGAUUGUUCUACAGUCUCUGCACAAAUAUCAGCCUCGUCUCCAUAUUGUGGAAGUGACAGAAGACGGCGUAGAAGAUAUGAAUGACUCUACUAAAACACAAACUUUCAACUUUCCUGAAACUCAGUUCAUAGCUGUCACUGCCUAUCAAAACACAGAUAUCACACAGCUUAAAAUUGAUCACAAUCCUUUUGCAAAAGGCUUCCGGGACAACUAUGAUUCCAUGUACACAGCUUCAGAAAAUGACAGAUUAACUCCAUCUCCUACGGAUUCUCCUAGAUCCCACCAGAUUGUCCCAGGAGCCCGGUACAGUGUACAACCCUUCUUCCAGGAACAAUUUGUCAACAACCUGCCACCAGCUAGAUUCUAUAAUGGUGAAAGAGCUGUACCACAGACAAAUGGCCUCCUGUCUCCUCAGCAGACUGAAGAGGUGACUAAUCCACCCCAGAGAUGGUUUGUCACUCCAGUCCAGCAGUCUGGGGCCAACAAGCUGGACAUGAAUUCCUAUGAAACUGAUUACUCUCCAAGUACCUUACUCUCAUAUGGUAUCAAAUCCUUGCCCCUUCAGACAUCCCAUGCGUUGGGAUAUUACCCAGAUCCAACAUUUUCCUCUGUGGCAGGAUGGGGAAGUAGAGGCUCUUACCCAAGGAAAAUGUCUGCUGGUUUACCUUGGACCUCAAGAACAAGCCCUCCAGGUUUCUCUGAAGACCUGCUUUCAAAAGAAAAAGUAAAAGAAGAAAUGGGGUCAUCUUGGAUUGAGACACCCCCAUCCAUAAAAUCACUAGAUUCAAAUGAUUCUGGAGUCUAUACUGGUGCUUGUAAAAGGCGGCGUAUGUCCCCAAACACCUCCAGCAAUGAAAACUCUCCAACAAUGAAGUGUGAGGACAUUAAUGCUGAGGACUAUGGCAAAGAUGCUUCUAAAGGCAUGGGUUACUAUGCUUUUUAUACCAGUUCUUAAGUGUUUGAGUCCUGGUGUCGUCUUAAAAUUUGACUGGCUGUACAUUUUCAGUGGUGGUGCUGAGAUCCCUUAAUGAGGAACUCCUUAUCUUCACCUUUUGAAAUGGUCUUGUGCAAUUCUAUAGAAGGUGCCAAAGCUUAUGUCUGACUUCCACAGAUAAAAUGGAAGAAACAAGGUAGCACUAAAAGAAAAAUAAAUAAAUACUUAGGUCUCUUUCUCCUGCUCACUUCCAAGAUUUAAGGGGAAUUGCUUAAGCAACAUCCUAAGAUUAAUUUUUCCUUCAGAAUGGUCAGGGAGUGGGGAUGGAAAUACAUACAUACAUUUUGAUCAAUGGUUAUGUUUUAUGCAUUGCCAAACAAUUUAGAAUUCUCUGUAAAAAGGAUCUUCAACAUGUCAUGAUUGCAUUGGAUUUGUUAUUGCUGAAUAUCUGAAAAAUACUUAGUGGCUUUUCCUCUAGAGUGAUUCCUCAUGAAGUAUGCAAGAACAAAAGUCUUGGUUUAGUAACUAAAACUUUUUUGGACUUGGGGGACUUUAGAUGUUAUGGCAGUGAAAGAUUCCUACAAAGGUGGCAAAUAAUGAUUCCAUAUAGCAUGUACAGCUCUGUGUCUAGGCAUAAUUGUAGACAGUGGCAAAAUACUCUGUUUAGUUCUAGUUAUGGCGGUGCAGUUGAAAAGGAUAUGUCUGGAGUUCUUCAUUAAGCAGCUUCUAAUCUGACAAUGGGCACUGAGGCUGGGAGUACGUCAAAAUGUCUAUUUAUUGGUAGGUGGUGAGUGUAUUUUUUUCAGUUCUACAUGGAAAGUGUUGUAACUCCUGUUGCGCAGUCUGUAAAUAGUAUUAUCAGAGGUUGAGGUUGCAAAAGGCUUUAAAACAAAGCAUUAGUUUUAUUUGGGGGGAUGCUCAUCUGUACAUAAUUUUUAAUAAACGUGUUGCAAUGA